AAUAGAGAAUCAUGGUAGCUAAUGACGCGCUGUAAAGAUGGCAGCGCACUUAAAGAAGCGGGUUUACGAAGAGUUCUCUAAAGUAGUUCAGCAGCAGCAGCUUGAAGAGGUACCAUCGAAGAAACUACGUCUGACAAAACCAAGCAAAUCCGCUGCCCUUCACAUUGACCUGUGCAAAGCUACCACAUCCACUGAUGCAUUGCAAUAUCUGCUUCAGUUUGCAAGAAAACCUGUGGAGGCUGAGAGUGUUGAAGGAGUUGUACGAAUCCUCCUGGAACAUUAUUAUAAGGAAAACGAUAAAUCGGUGAGACUGAAAAUUGUUUCAUUACUGGGCUUGUUAUCACAGACUCCAGGGUUUGUACCAGACUGCAUUGUGGAAGAUGUGAUAAACCUAUUACAGAAUGAAAAAUCCCAUCAGGUUCUUAGCCAGUUACUUGAUACCCUUUUGGUUAUUGGCAGUCGGCUACAGGAGAAUUUGCCUCUCAGACUCCGACUGAUUGAAAUUGCAUGUAAGAGGCUGACUGAUACUUCCCACGGAGUUAGAAGUAAAUGCUUGCAGAUGAUUGGCUGCCUUGGCUCUGUGGAGAAACUCAGUACAAAGGAAGCUGAAAGUCUGGCAGCAAAGGAUGUGCAGAAAAUAAUUGGAGAGUAUUUUAAUGAUCAGGACCCCCGCGUUAGAACUGCUGCUAUUAAAGCUAUGUUGCAGCUGCAUGAAAGAGGAAUGAAACUUCAUCAGACCAACUACAGUCAAGCAUGCAAACUUUUGACGGACGACUUUGAACAGGUGCGCUCUGAAGCAGUCCAGCUAAUAUGGGUCCUUAGCCAGCUUUAUCCAGAAAGCAUCGUACCUAUUCCUUCAUCCAGUGAAGAAAUCCGUCUGGUUGAUGAUGCUUUUGGAAAAAUUUGUCAUACUAUUAGUGACACAUCUUGGGUAGUAAGAGUGCAAGCUGCCAAACUUUUGGGUUCCAUGCAGCAAGUGAGUUCAGAGUUUCUGGUGCAAACACUUGACAAGAAUCUGAUGUCUGACCUCAGGAGGAAGCGCACGGCACAUGAACGAGCCAAAGAGCUGUACAGUUCUGGUGAAUUUUCCAGUGGCAGGAAGUGGGGAGAUGAUGCUCCAAAAGAGGAACUCAACACAGAUGCGGUGAACCUGAUUGAUUCAGGAGCUUGUGGAGCAUUUGUUCACGGAUUAGAAGAUGAAAUGUAUGAGGUGCGAAUUAGUGCUGUUGAAUCCUUGUGCGCAUUGGCACAAAGUUCCCCAUCCUUUGCCGAGAAGUGCCUCGAUUUUCUUGUGGAUAUGUUUAACGAUGAGAUUGAGGAAGUGAGGCUGCAGUCCAUACAUUCCCUGCGGAAAAUAUCCAAUCACAUUACUCUUAGGGAAGACCAACUUGACACUGUCUUGGCAGUACUGGAGGAUUCUUCACGUGAUAUUCGUGAAGCCCUGCAUGAAUUGCUUUGUUACACAAAUGUUUCUACCAAAGACUGCAUUCGUCUUGCUUUAGUAGAUUUGCUGAAGAACCUUACGAAGUAUCCGACAGACAAAAAUUCUAUUUGGAAAUGCCUGAAGUUUUUGGGAGGUAGACAUCCUACUCUGGUGCUUCCAUUGGUCCCAGAACUGCUGAGUACACACCCAUUCUUUGAUACGCCAGAACCAGAUAUGGAUGACCCAGCUUAUAUUGCAGUUUUGGUUCUCAUAUUUAAUGCUGCCAAGUCCUGCCCAACCAUGACAGCACUGUUUUCAGAUCACACAUUCCGUCACUACGCAUACCUACGAGACAGUCUGUCUCACCUAGUUCCAGAAUUGCGGCUUCCAGGCAGAAAGAUGGCAGCCAUGUCCGAUUAUUCUACUCUUGCACCAGUGGAAGAUUCCUCGCAGCAGUUCCUUAGACAGAGUCUUGAGAGACUUUACACCAUCCAUCUCCUCGACCCACAAGGAGCACAAGAAUUGCUUGACUUCACCAUUCGUGAUCUCCAAAGACUAGGUGUACUUCAGUCAGAACUUGCAGGCAUGGCAGACUUCUCUGCAACCUACCUACGCUGUCAGUUGCUCCUUAUGAAAGCUCUGCAAGAAAAACUGUGGAAUGUUGCUGCCCCACUUUACUUGAAACAAAAUGCUGUGGUGUAUGGUGCAUCCAAGGAGAUUUUGGAAGAAACAUACAAAAUGGAGUUCAUGUAUGCUGGGCUAGAGAACACCCAAGUGGCCAAGGUUCACCACAUGCGGCUACAGGCUAUGGCCUUGCAGCUUAUCCUGACAGCGUGUACUAGCAGAGGAAUUGAACCACUGCUUGGUGCAAGUGAAAAAUUCUUGCAUGAAGUGGAUGUAUUCCAGAGAUGUUUUUCCUCUGAACUUCCUCAUAUGCGAAACUGCUUCAUAGAUAAAGUGCUAGAGUUGAUGCCGAGGCUCGCAGCAUCCAAACCUUCAGACUUGGUCAAAAUUUUGCAAGCAGCUUUGCGACAGAGUAGCUUCCUUCACCUCACACUUCCAGAUCAGAUUCACCGGGCAUCUGCAAUAAUUAUUGAACCCACAGGGGAGUCAGACAACCCUUUGAAGUUUACGUCUGGAUUGGUUGUAGCACUGGAUAUUGAUGCAACUCUAGAGCAUGUUCAGGAUCCACAGACAACAGUUAAAGUGCAGGUGGUGUACCCUGAUGGACAGGUGCAGAUGAUUCAUCCCAAACCUAGUGAUUUUAGGAAUCCUGGUCCUGGGAGACACAGAUUAAUUACUCAAGUUUAUUUAUCACACACUGCUUGGACAGAACCAUGCCAGAUUGAACUCCGGCUGCUUUUGGCAUACAGCUCUAGCAGAAGUAAAGCUUCAGCACUGGGUGCAGCUACCAAACAGACUUGGAGUGACUCUGUAGAGAAUUUAGUACCGCCUGAAAAUACCAUUGAGGGAACAAUUCCUUUCAGCAAACCUGUUAAAGUUUUUAUAAUGCCUAAACCUGCCAGACGAUGAUUUCAGGCAGCUGUUUUGAAGUUAUGAAAUAUUUCAGGACUUGCAUAUAUUUUAAUGCAUUUAUUUUCGACAAACUGACAGAUGGCAUUUAAACAGUUUGGUGCAUGCUGCACUGAAAGGAAUCAGCUCCAAAAGACAUUACAGGAAGUAAUGCACAGAUGUGAUGGGGACGGUGUUUGACCUCAAUUUUGAGACAUUUGAUUGAAUUAACUGUGACUUUUAUAUGAAUUGGUUUAAAUAGAGUUCCAAAUUAUUACUUUUUUAUUUCUCUCAAUGUUAGCUCCAAGGAGAAGAACACAGAAAUGGAAUUCAUAUAUAUGUAGUGCGAGUUUUAAAGUUUGGGUUGUAGCUGUCAACAUGAAAAGUGACUAGUACAUUUGUUCUCAGAAAUAAAUUGUAACCUUGGAUUGUUCCAGUUUUAAACCUUGCGACUUUCCAGGUGAUCAAGUAUUAAGGAGAAAAAUGUUACCUGUAUUAUGUGGUACCUGCGGUUUCUUUUAUAAAGAAGUAAAUAUAUUGUUGAAAAGUUAACAAAGUGUUAUAAAUGUUUAAAAUUUUAAAACUGUUUAGUGUUGGUAGUUAUACAGUAGUUGUUGGCUUCGGCACACUGGUGCACACUAUCUGCAGUGUUAGCUUUAUAGCAACUGUCACUGUAUGUGAUGUAUGUACUCAGGGGAAUGGAAUGGAAUGAUUACAGAAGCCUUUGAAGAUAUUAAUCCACACAGAGCAAGUAGAUGUUAACAGCUUCCUAUAUUCUACUGAUGAUCUUUUUUUUUUUUUUUUCCUCCUCCAUCUUUGCCUUUUGACUAUAAGCUUCCUUCUCUCAAGCAGUGGGGUUAUCAACCAGGUAGCUAUGAGUGUUUGCUUUAAGUUUAACAACUAUUAACCCUAGUGGCUGAUGAUGUACACCAGAGACGUGGGACAUGCACAUAACUCUCAACCUGUUAGAGCUAGAAAUCUGGACAAAGUAUUAAUAAUGGGGGGAGGGGGCAAAGUCCCC